AUUCAACCUUCCAAAACAAUGUCCCUUUGCUCCUCCGCCGGCGGCGCAUUCAACCUUCUCUCGCCAGCGAACAGAAGCAACUCAACCCGUUUCUCCUCUCACUUCUUCUACCAAAUUCCGGUGAGUUCAUUCUCCUUCUCUUUCCGAUCUUCUUCUUUACAUUUAUCAGAAACCCCCAAAUUCGACCGGGAAAGACGAAGCGGGAUUGCGGCUUCUUCGACCCCAGUUGUUGAGUCCACCCAAUCAAGGUUUAGGACCAAAACCCCUAAAGAUAUCAACAUUUUGGUGGUGGGUUCUACUGGGUAUAUUGGGAAAUUUGUCGUUAAGGAGCUGGUUAGUAGAGGGUUCAAUGUCAUUGCCAUUGCUAGGGAGAAGAGCGGAAUUAGAGGUAGGAACAGCAAGGAACAUGCAUCUAAUCAGUUGAAAGGAGCUAAUAUUUGCUUUUCGGAUGUGACCCAUUUGGAUGUUUUGGAGAAAUCUUUGGAGGAUUUUGGUGUCCCUAUUGAUGUUGUGGUUUCAUGCCUUGCCAGCCGAACUGGCGGCAUUAAGGACUCUUGGAAAAUUGACUAUGAGGCCACAAAAAACAGUCUAGUUGCUGGGAGAAAGCGUGGGGCUUCCCAUUUUGUAUUGCUUUCUGCCAUUUGUGUUCAGAAGCCACUGCUUGAAUUCCAGCGGGCUAAGCUUAAAUUCGAGGCUGAGCUUAUGGAAGCAGCCAUGGAAGAUGGCGGGUUUACUUACAGCAUUGUGAGGCCAACUGCUUUCUUUAAGAGCUUAGGAGGUCAGGUUGAGUUGGUGAAAGAUGGUAAGCCAUAUGUGAUGUUUGGGGAUGGGAAGUUGUGUGCCUGUAAGCCGAUAAGCGAGCAGGAUUUGGCGUCUUUUAUCGCCGACUGUGUGUUGAGUGAAGAUAAAAUCAAUCAGGUUUUGCCCAUUGGUGGCCCUGGGAAGGCGUUGACUCCGUUGGAGCAAGGCGAGAUCUUGUUUAGGCUUUUGGGGAAAGAACCGAACUUCUUGAAAGUGCCGAUUGGGAUUAUGGAUUUUGCCAUUGGAGUUCUUGAUUUCCUUGUCAAGUUCUUUCCCGCAAUGGAGGAUGCUGCCGAGUAUGGGAAGAUCGGGAGAUAUUAUGCAGCUGAGAGUAUGUUGAUUUUAGAUACCGAGACCGGAGAGUACAGUGCAGAGAAAACACCGAGUUAUGGGAAGGACACAUUGGAAGACUUCUUUGAAAGGGUCCUCAGGGAAGGGAUGGCUGGCCAAGAAUUAGGUGAACAGACGAUUUUUUGAUAUUUUCUGCAGAGCAACAGCUUGUUGAACUUGCCAGUCUGUGAUGGACGGUGCACGUGAAGAAGGUGCGUCGUUUCUUUGUCCGAAUCCCGACUGUUUUCCUUGAGUUCCUAUCAAGUUGUUUUCCACAUUACUUGCAUAUCUGAAGGGUUGUAAAUUGUCUUCAUUACUCUUCAAAACAAUAUCAUUAUGUAAUGAAUUGUGCCAUAUUUUUAUGCUCCAUAAUGAUUCUUCUGGUGAGCAUGCUGUUCAUGAUUGGUAGUUA